GGUUAUCUGAAAUUGGUGAAUUCAGUAUUGUGCCAUGGGCCGCAGUAUGCCUCGUUGGAAGCAAACAUCCCCGACUCCAACUCAUCCAAAUGGAUUUCAACUGAAGUUCCAUUCUUCAUUAUUCGGAUCCACACAGGAUCAGAGACUCCAGUUGUGUGAUGGUGAUCUGCAGGAGUAACCCUCGUAACAGCUCAUGGUUUGUCAACUUUUCCUUCAGUGCAUUGAACAACUGAGUCAAGGAAAACACAGCAGGGACGUGUAAACUGGGAACUAUCCUGCACUUGGCAAAAUGUCUUCAGGCAGUGCUCCCCCUCCUGUCAGCGGCCCAUUUACAGCAUUGACUCCAAGCAUGUGGCCACAGGAUAUAAUGACCAAGAUCUCCCAGGAGGAGUCUGUAGCACACCCAGAGUUCCAGUACGACGAGUUUGGAUUUCGUAUAGACAAAGAAGAUGGAGCUGAAACAAAUAACAGAAGAGUUCUUGGAAUCCCACUCCCAGAAGACCCUCAGCAGAGGCUGAGGUGGCAGGCAUACCUUGAGUUCACACACAAUCAUGAUGUCGGCGAUUUGACAUGGGAUAAGAUUGACGUUGUAUUGCCACGCUCUCAGAAACUGCGAUCUUUGGUCCUCGCUGGAAUCCCACACACCUUACGACCACAGAUGUGGAUGCGGUUGUCGGGAGCUCUGCAGAAGAAACGAAAUACAGAAACUUCAUAUCGUGACAUUGUCAAAAACAGCUCCAAUGAUGGCGGCAUUGCAGCUAAACAGAUCGAAAAAGACCUACUCCGCACAAUGCCAAGUAACACCUGCUUCUCCAACAUGGACAGCAUUGGGGUUCCAAGAUUACGGAGAAUCCUGCGUGGGCUGGCAUGGCUAUAUCCAGAGAUUGGUUACUGCCAGGGAACAGGAAUGGUUGCAGCUUGUUUGCUGCUGUUCCUUGAGGAGGAGGAUGCCUUCUGGAUGAUGUGUGCCAUUAUUGAGGACCUGGUUCCUCCCUCAUAUUUCAGCACCACGCUGUUGGGUGUGCAGACUGACCAGCGUGUUCUCCGCCAUCUGAUAGUACAGUACCUUCCCCGACUGGACAAACUCCUCCAGGAACAUGACAUCGAGCUGUCCUUGAUCACCUUGCACUGGUUCCUGACAGCAUUUGCCAGUGUAGUACAUAUCAACAUCCUCCUCCGAGUCUGGGACCUUUUCUUCUGCGAGGGCUCGGUUCUGCUUUUCCAGAUCACUUUGGGAAUGCUGAAAAUGAAGGAAGAGGAGCUCAUCCAGUCAGAAAAUUCAGCUUCCAUCUUCAACACUUUGUCAGACAUUCCAUCACAGAUCGAAGAUGCCGAGUCUCUCAUAAAGGAGUCGAUGAAGAUUGCUGGGUCGCUGACAGAUGUGAUGAUUGAAGCCCAGAGAAGCAAACAUCUGGCCUAUUUAAUAGCAGAACAAGGCCAGCUGAACAACUCCCAAUCAACACUGCCAAACUUCUCCAAGAUAGUUCGACGACAGUCCCAGCGCAGGAAGUCUGGCCUGGGAGCUCUCCUCUUCGGGGACAACGAAGAUGCCGAAGUGCUGAAGGCAAAGAACAUUAAGCAGACGGAGUUGGUGGCAGAUUUGCGAGAAGCCAUCCUGCAAGUAGCUCGACACUUUCAGUGUCUGGACCCCAAAAACUGCACCAUUGAGCUGACGCCGGAUUACUCCAUGGAGAGCCAUCAGAAGGACCACGAGAACUACGUCGCUGUGUCCCGAAACCGAAAGCGCAGGGCCAAAGCACUCCUUGAUUUUGAACGUCAUGAUGAUGAUGAGCUGGGAUUCCGAAAAAAUGACAUCAUCACGAUUAUCUCACAGAAGGAUGAGCAUUGCUGGGUGGGAGAGCUGAACGGUCUGCGAGGCUGGUUUCCUGCAAAGUUUGUGGAGAUCCUGGAUGAGCGUAGUAAAGAGUAUUCCAUGGCCGGAGAUGAUUCAGUAACGGAAACUAUAACAGACUUGGUGCGGGGAUCACUCUGUCCGGCACUCAAGGCAAUAUUUGAACAGGGUUUGAAGAAACCAUCCAUCCUUGGUGGCCCGUGUCAUCCCUGGCUUUUUAUUGAAGAGGCUGCUGGGAAGGAGGUGGAGCGAGACUUCGACUCAGUGUAUUCUCGACUAGUGCUGUGUAAGACGUACAGGUUGGAUGAAGAUGGGAAGGUGCUGACCCCCGAGGAACUCCUAUACAGAGCUGUCCAGUCAGUGAAUGUGAGUCACGAUGCUGCCCACGCACAGAUGGAUGUGAAGUUCCGAUCACUGAUCUGCGUGGGGCUGAAUGAGCAGGUGCUGCCCCUGUGGCUGGAGGUGCUCUGUUCUAGUAUGCAGACUGUAGAAAAAUGGUACCAGCCCUGGUCCUUCCUACGUAGUCCUGGCUGGGUCCAGAUCAAGUGUGAACUGAGAGUGUUGUCCAGGUUUGCAUUCAGCCUUUCGCAGGACUGGGAGCUCCCUGUCAAGAAAGAGGAGAAAGAGAAAAAGCCUCUGAAAGAUGGAGUCCAGGACAUGUUGGUGAAGCACCACCUCUUCAGCUGGGAUAUUGAUGGUUAAUUUACCACACUCCUCCCAGUCAAACAAUCCCACACCAAAUCUACUCAAGCGAUUGGCACUGCAGGUGUCUGUGUACAUAGCAAUCACCCAGCCUCGUAUGCACACAUCUUAAGGGGAAGGAGACAGUCAUCUCAACAAGGAACGUUGCAUCAUUGUGAUCCUUAAACAUUAACUCUUGGGAACUAAUGUUCUAUUCUUCUCCUUGCUGUCUGCAAAAUAAGUUCAGUUGCACAGCAUUCUUACAUAAUUCUCAUUGGUGGCAAUAGGUAACUUGGUUUCAUCUGGGUUGAUUGACCUGCACUGUAAUCUUUCCCCGUUCCCAUUCGCAUCCCUGCCGGAGGGCACUUUGUAUGUCUGAUUAGGUCCAGGAUUCCAGCCCAUCGAGCUAGCAUCCAGAGCUUGGCUCAAGAUCUUACAGUCGCUGUAACCGUGCCAGAAGGAUGUAAGAGAUGAGCAGCACAGUUAUAGACUGUCAGUGCAGUAGAGGAUGGGUUUAAAAAUGUUCUGAGACAAACUGCACACUUUACAAGCUAACUGAGACUAGGAAACAAAAUAUAAUGCACUCCAGAAGCAAAAGCCACCAGCGAGCUUCUGCAAACCCCUCCGCGUUUGUUGUCACUGGAAGCCUUGCAGGAGGAAGCUGCCCAACGCUAAAGGAUGCACCUUGUCAUUCAGACUCUUGCAGUAGCUGUGCGUGUACAGCACGUCCCUGGAAUGUUUGCUAUCUGAUGUACUCUGUUCUGUUCUGACACAUAGAAGCCAUGCAUAGCAACUGAGCAAUGCCAUAAGUAUGCUGGGCACCAGUGUGCUUUUUAACAGUGGGGCCCAUGACAUUUUAGACCCAGGCUUGUUUAAGCCUGGUUGAGUCCCUGAAUAAACGAUUAUUAGCAGUCAGUCCAUAACAGGGUGGCUGAGGCCUGUGUUCCAGGUGAAGUCCAUGUCUAAGGGAUCAGCACCCCGUCUUUUCACUGUUACCCCUCAGUUACAGUGCAUUCUUGAGUUUAGACAACAUCUCUGGAGUUUAGACAAGACCCUGAUACCUUUAGUGGUUUGUCCAGUGUGGGUAAUCUGAGCUCCCUACCACUGACAGUGUGUCUGCUCAUAGCUCUGAUUUGCAGUUUCCUCCAGACCCCACCUGAAGCUGGCCACUGUCAGCAGCCGCUGAGGACUCAGUAACAGUAAAGCUGCUGCCGAAGUUGUGAAAUGGCUCAAUAACUGGUCACCAAAAUUGCAGCCUUCUCCAGGCACACUGUGAAAAGACGGAAGGCGAGUAUUAUUCCCAUUUCAGGCAUUCCCAAGUGGAAGGGAUCUUAAUUUGGAGUUUAACUUGAUUUUAUUGCAGUGCAGGUUUGUGGGAAAAAUCAGAUUUUAGAGAUUAGUCCACAGUUUGAGUCUGACGAUAGCAGGUUUUAAUUUAUUCCUUGUCUUCCCUGAUUUUUAUUUGAUCAUCACCCAGUCUGUAUGUAAAAACUUUAUAUCAUGUGAGCUAUUUGUAUAUAAGUAAUAAAGGAACACUGGGUUACUGGCA